AUGCCUGGAGCCGCGUGGGAGAUGGCCGCCACCGCCAGGCGCGCGCGGGCCCUCGCCGCCGGGCACGUGGCCGACAGCCGGGCGGGCACAUCUCCAGCAGGGGCCGCGCGGGCGCAUCUCUGCCGAGCCCUCGCCGCCACCGGCUCCUCCACCGGCGGGCGCAUCUCCACCGAGAGAGGCGCCGCCGUCGCCCAAGUGGAGGUGGUCACGCUCACGCGAACUGAAAUGCAGUCCGGCUCCGCAGCGCCGCAACCAACGCCCAACUCACUCCCGCCGCUUCCAGUUCCCACCCAACCGGCGAAGGCGAUGGCGACGCAGGCCGAGCUCGAGGCGGCCGUCGCCGCGCUCGCGGACAAGAAGCGCCGCCUCCGGGAGGCAUUCGACCGCCUCGUCGCCUGCUCCCCGGUCCCCGUCCCCUUCCGCUGGGAGGACCUCGACGCGCACCUCGCCUCCAUCGCCGCCAGCUUCGGCUUCCGCCACCUCGACUCCACCCACGCCGACGCCAUCGCCGGUGCAGCAGCCGCAGCCGCUGACGCUAGGGGUCCAACCACCGCUGCUCACCACGUCCACCACCUGGACAAGGAGGGGCAGGACCGGGAACGACGCGUCUGGCGCGGCGCGUCGGAGGAGGGACAAGGUAGCAGCAAUGCGGAGGAAGCGGAGGAAGUCUGGAACGCGUCGUCGCACCAGGAACGCGGGGAGGAGGAUGGGAAGGUCCGGGAGGCAUCCAGUGCGCGUCCCGACCGAGAAGCUAACGAAGCGGGGAGCAUUCUCGGGGUGGAGACCGUGCCAAUCGACGCGGCUCCAGAGCAACUAGACGACGAGAAGGACGAGGAUGCCAUGGGCGCACUCGUGGCGUCUCCCCACCAACGCGAUGACGAUAUCGAGAUGCUGGAGGAGGAGGAGGAGGAGGCCGUGAACGCGAACGCAGACAGAGAACGCCGCGAGGACGAGGCCGAGGAAGGGGAGUGGCUGCAGCAUCCGCACGACGCAGGCGGCGGAGAGACGUCGGCUCUGACGCGAGCCGUCGCCGCGGCGUGCGCGAACAUGGACCCCUCCGCGCUGGUGGACGCGCUGUGCCUCAGCGGCAGGAGCUCCCUCCGCUCGUUCCUCCCGGCGCUGCUUGGCGCCCCGGACCCCCACGCCCUCCUCGUCCGCGCCGUCGGCGGCUUCUUGGACUUGGCCUCAGCGGGGCCGGGGCGCGACGCGAGCGAGUGGUGGGCAAACUGCGUCGCGCUGAUCGAGUGCGCGCCCCGCCUCGCGGCGCCGUCGGCGGACGCGCUGGCGCAGGCAAAGCGCCUGGCGGGGCACUGGAAGGAGAUGGUGGUCGCGGGGCCUGCGGGUGCGGGUGGCAGGGACAUCGGCGGGAUGGCCGGAUGGGGCCUUCUCACCUUCAUUGUUUCUUACAACAUUGUCCCGGAGUUCGAUGCUGAUGAGAUCGUCCGUCUCUUCGACAAUAUCGCGCCCCAGGUGAAGGACAACUACGUUGAGCUCUGCAAGCGUCUUGGCCUCAUCGGAAAGAUGACUGAUUCAAUCAACCAUUUCAUUGAAAAUGGGCAGCCACUCGAUGCUAUAAGAUUGGCACAUACUUUCAGUUUGACUGACAAAUAUCCUCCACUUACCAUCAUGAAUGAUUAUAUUGAGAAUGCCAAGAAGACUGCUGAAGACAUACUAAGCAAGGAAAGCUAUACACUGGAGUCUCUGAAUCAAGCGAUGGCAAAGAAGGUCGAUGCUCUAAUAUUUUCGUGGAGCGCAAUUGAUGGGUGCGAUAUUGAUUCUGUUCAGCGUAAAAGCAUCAAGGAAGAAAUUACCCAGUUGUUACACAAGUAUGCAAACAAGCAGCAAAAUCUAGCAGGUGUUUCAGCCUCCAUUUCAAGUUCGCACCAGCACCAGAAUUUUCAAGAGGAGUACCAGCAGCGGCCACAAAUGCGACUGGUGGAACAGCAGAAGCAGCAGCGAAACCCACACGGGCUGCAGCCAAAACCAGGAGAGAAACAGCACCAGCAGCAGAAGCCACAAGAGACACAGCAUCGGCACAUUCAGAAUCAACAAGAGCCGCCGGAGCGGGAAAUGUGGCAAAACCGGAAAAGGAGAGGACAAAACAAAAAGCAUCGCAAGAGGAAACAGCGCAGGCAGAAACUGCAGCAACAGAAUAAACGCCCAAGGCUACCUCCAUAUGUCAGGCCAGGAAUUAACAACAACCAGCAUGAGGAACCAUUUUCAGGAAUUCGAAGAGCUCCGUUCGCAGCCUGUACCACUCCCAUACCUCGAUAUUUUUGGUCCUGUGAUGAUCGUUCUCAGCAUCACGUGCCAGUGUUCCGCCGUUGA